UCACUCUCUGAAACAUCACGUUUCGUACUUAAGGCCCCUCAGCUCGGUAACCCCAAACCUCAUCUACUCUCAGUCUCUCAAAAUGUCGAAACUAUUUCCACCGCCGUCCAUGGUUGUUCUAACCCUCACGAUCACCCUUUUCUCAUUCCUCCUCACGGCGGCUCCAACUACCGGCUACCGUCCGUGGCCUCAAAAUCCCCAAACAAAGAACCUAACCGAUUAUGCCUUCGGAACUUCCAAAAAAUACGAAGGCUCAUCGGAAUUCGUAAAACUUAGGUACCACAUGGGACCUGUCUUAACAAACAUCAUAACCGUCCACACAAUCUGGUACGGUAACUGGCAACGCAGCCAGAAAAAAAUAAUCCGUGAGUUUAUAAACUCAAUCUCCGCUAAAAACUCACCGAAUCCUUCGGUUUCCGGUUGGUGGAAAACUGUUAUGCUUUACACGGACCAAACCGGGUCCAACAUCUCAAACACGGUUCAACUCGGUUCAGAAAAAAACGACCGGUUUUACUCACACGGAAAAACCCUCACACGGUUAACAAUACAGUCGGUUAUCAAAAGCGCUAUCACCGCAAAAACGAAACCGUUACCGAUUAAUCCUCGUAGCGGUCUUUAUCUUUUAUUAACAUCUGAUGACGUGUACGUUCAAGAUUUCUGCACGUCAGCAUGUGGGUUCCACUAUUUCACAUUCCCUUCACUUGUUGGUUACACGCUACCUUACGCGUGGGUGGGUAAUUCUGCAAAACUAUGUCCAGGUAUGUGUGCAUAUCCCUUCGCUGUACCUGAAUAUAUCCCUAAUGUUAAACCGUUUAAGUCACCUAACGGUGACGUUGGAGUAGACGGAAUGAUAAGUGUUAUUGGACAUGAGAUUGCUGAGCUGGCAAGUAAUCCGUUAGCGAAUGCUUGGUAUGCUGGUUCGGAUCCUAGUUUUCCCGUUGAGAUUGCGGAUUUGUGUGAGGGUAUUUACGGUACUGGUGGUGGUGGUUCAUAUACGGGUCAAGUUUUGGACGCUCGAGAUGGUGCCACGUAUAAUAUGAAUGGAAUCAGACGGAAGUUUUUGGUUCAGUGGCUUUGGAGUCAUGUGCUUAAUUACUGUACUGGUCCUAAUGCUCUUGAUCAUUGAUGAUCCAUCUUGAGUCAUCAGUGUAUGUAGAAUGAGAUAUUUCUUUUAUUUUAUUUUUAUUUUUACUUUUUUUUGGGACCUUAUGUUUUGGGCUUGUUUGGUGGGUUUGUGGUACGGUUGGGGAGUUUGGUAAUUUUGUUACGGUAGCUAAGUUUGUUCAUUAUGCAAAUAAUGUAAUUUUGAUUGCAUAUGAUAUAUGAUAUACUUCUAGUUUCCAUGAA